AUGCAUGUGUUCAUCCACUCGAGUGUGCACAGUGGUGAGCAGGUCAACUUGACCACCUCCUCCUCCUCCUCCAUCAGGCCGGUCCUCACGCAGCUCCCUCCUCCUCCUCCCCGACCGGUGAAGCGCUCCUUCGGGUCCCAGCCUGCAGCCUGGGCCGCUGUCUCGCAGCAGGACAGAGCAGGCUGGCCUUCCUCCUCCUCCUCCUCCUCCUCACGUGUCUCUUUCUCCUUUUCUGACUCCUCUGGUUACAUGUCAGCUCCAUCCUCCCUUUCUCUCCCCCUCUCCCAGCCAGCUCCAUCCUCCUCCUCCUCCUCCUCUGUGCUCCCCCCUCUUCAUCCUCUGAGUGAAAUCCCGGUGAUCUCAGCUCCCAAACUGGUUCCCAUCUUCAAGAACAAGUGUCCAUCUCGCCACGUAAACGUCGCCCUGCUACGCCACCAGAAGCAGCUGAUUGGAGGAGUGGAGGAGCGGGGGAGGGUGGCGCUCCCCACCUUUGGGAAAACGUCACUCGCCGCUGCAUCUGCCUCUUCUUCUUCUUGUGUGUCGUUUUUGUCAGCGGCGUCCCUCCCAGUCCCUCCUGCGCGGAUAGUUCCUCGCUUCAGCCGUCGCCCCAAACCUGCCGUCAGCCCGGCGCCUCAGACUGCAGGUACGCCCAAAGUGAAGCACGUCCCGACCCUCAGCCCCGCGUCUAAACCCGCGAUCAUCCUCACCGCAAAGCCGGAGCCCAAACUCAAAUCCAGCCUCAAAACUAACGGGAAGUUCAGCCGUGACUCCGCCGGUCCGGUCCAACCAGCAGCUGCAGCAGCUGAGCCGCCGCCGCCGUCUUCUGAGGCCUCUAACAGCACGAAGAGAGUUAUGUUCGAGUCAAAGCCGAAGAAAUCCAGAUCUGCGAUACGAGACGUGGACGUGGAGCAAAUGGCCAGAAGCUACCAGCUGUCGAAGCUGAACUCUGCCACUCUGCUGGCCUGGUUGAAAGGAAGAGGAGUUCGUCUCAGCGCCAAACACAGGAAGGAGGAGCUGAUGCUGAAGGUCAUGAGCUGUCUGGCCGAGUCCUGAGACACACACACACACACUCACACACACUCUCACACACACUCUCACACACUCACACACACACACACACACACACAGACACAGAGAUCAAACAUCUGCUUAAUAGACUUCCCUCCAGAGUAUUAACAUCGUGCUGAGCUUCUCAUUUUGGGAUUUGAUGUAAGAUCUGGCCGUCUUUAUCAGUGUGAAUCAGAGAGCUGACGAGAACGUCUCAUCGUCGCUAAUUGAGACGCUGAAAUUUUGCCAAAAUGAAAUUCUGGAGUUGGAGGAAGUCACUGUGGGGUCUCUGUCUCUGUCUCGCCUCGUUCUGUUUGAUUUCAGGCAUCGCAGAUUGUUCAGGAUGGUGAACAGUUUAAAUCACCUGACAGGAGUUCUGUGAGGAUGUUUUUACGUUUUUGAUCCGUCACUCAGUUCAGAGUCGCCACCGUGUGUGACUUUUCUCAUCCAGAUUUAACCGCCUUUCACGUAUCGAACAAAACGUUUCACUGUUCAGAUUUAGUUCUUUUAUACAGGAGAUAUUUCAUGUUCCUGCAGCAAACAUUUGAACUUAAAUUUGUCAUCUUUCACAAAUACAGGCAUUACAAAAACACACAUAUAAAGAUAUUUUUUUGUUUAAAAUCCUUUAUAUAUUUAUCCAAUAUUUACA